UUAGGCGAACGCCCGCCGGUCUGGCUGUGGCGGAGGCCUGGACGGGGGGUCGGUGGGAAGUAGGGGGCUCAGCGAAGCCGGAGCGGCCCUGAGCGCCACCCGCUGGGGAGGAGUGAAGCUCUGGGCGCCGGCGCGGAAGGCGGAGGGGUGAAGUCAGGGCUGAGUGGGCGGAAGUGAGGCCCGCGAAAGGGCUGGAGGGGAGCUUGAGCUGUCUGUCCGGCUCCCUCCCUCCGGGGCAUUGGGGCGCGCACGCACUUGAGCGCACCGCGACACGUUUUCCAAAUGUCAGGCUGUUGCUUUGUCCAAUUAUAGGGCGUAGUAAGUCUACAUCCUGCCGCUGCCCUACCUCGUAUCCUGCUUUGUCAGGUCCACGUGAGACAUGGCACAAGAACAAGGACAUUUCCAGCUGCUCAGAGCUGAUGCUAUCCGUUCAAAGCUCAUUGACACUUUCUCGCUCAUAGAGCAUUUGCAGGGCUUGAGCCAAGCCGUACCAAGGCACACUCUCCGGGAGAUACUUGAUCCUUCUUACCAGCAGAAACUCAUGUCAGGAGAUCAGGAGCAGCUAGUGCGCUUCUCCAUAAAGCCUCGGCGAAUGGGGCACAUCACACACUCGCGGCGGUUGCUGAGCAGGCUUCGCGUGCGGUGCAGUCGAAUGCCCCCUCUUUCCUUGUGGGCUGGAUGGGUCCUUGAUAGUUCUGUCUUCUCGAAAUUCAUCAUCUCCCUCAUCUUUCUGAACACCUUUGUGCUGAUGGUUGAAAUAGAAUUGAUGGAAUCCACAAAUACUGCUCUGUGGCCAGUGAAGCUGGCUUUGGAGGUGGCAGAUUGGUUCAUCUUGCUUAGCUUCAUUGUAGAGAUACUUCUAAUGUGGUUGGCCAGUUUUUCUCUCUUCUGGAAGGAUGCCUGGAAUGUCUUUGACUUUUUUGUUACCUUGUUGUCUCUGCUUCCUGAGUUAGUAGUGCUGUUAGGAGUCCCAGCACACUCUGUGUGGCUCCAGCUGCUGAGGGUCUGUCGGGUGCUGAGGUCUCUCAAACUGUUUGCACGAUUCCGUCAAAUUAAAGUUAUUCUUUUGGCUCUGGUCAGGGCCCUGAAGAGCAUGACGUUCCUCUUGAUGUUGCUGCUUAUCUUCUUCUACAUUUUUGCUGUGACUGGUGUCUACUUCUUCAGAGAAUAUUCCCGAUCAACUAUCGAGGGCCUGGAGUACAACAUGUUCUUCUCGGACCUACUAAAUUCACUGGUGACAGUGUUCAUCCUCUUCACCUUGGAUCAUUGGUAUGCAGUACUUCAGGAUAUCUGGAAGGUGCCAGAAUCUAGCCGUGUCUUUAGCAGCAUCUAUGUUAUCCUUUGGUUGCUGCUUGGCUCCAUAAUCUUUCGAAAUAUCAUAGUAGCCAUGAUGGUUACUAACUUUCAGAAUAUCAGAAGUGAGCUGAGUGAGGAGAUGAGCCACCUGGAGGUUCAGUAUAAAGCUGACAUGUUCAAGCAACAGAUUAUCCAGAGGAGACAGCACUCUGAAUCACUAAGAGGGACCAGUCUUGGAAAGGUCUCCGAAGACAUAAUAGAAACUUCUGAUGCUAGUGAUGAUGAUGACGAUGACGACGAUGAUGACGACGACGAUGAUGAUGAUGAUGACAAAAGCGAUGCUACUGAAAGCGAUGGCGAGAAAAACGAAAACGAGGAAAGCGAUAGUGAGAAUAGUGAGAGUGAGAAUAGCGAGAGCGAGAAAAUUGAUCCUGAGAAAGACUAUGCCAAGAAAAGCUAUCCUGAGAAAAGCCAUCCUGAGAAAAGCUAUCCUGAGAAAAGCCAUCCUGAGAAAAGCUAUCCUGAGAAAAGCCAUCCUAAGAAAAGCUAUGAUGAACAAGCUGAAGCUGAAGAGUCAAAAGAAAAAGCCUACCCAGUUUCCCAUUCAAUCUCGUCCCAUGGCUCCACUGCAGCCGAUACUGCUUUCCUUGAAAACCUGGACUGGGAGACCCUUGUGCAUGAGAACCUGCCUGGGCUAAUGGACAUGGAUCAGGAUGACCGCAUUGUCUGGCCCAGAGACUCACUCUUCCGAUAUUUCGAGUUACUGGAAAAGCUUCAGUAUAACCUAGAAGAGCGCAAGAAGUUACAAGAAUUUGCAGUCCAGGCCCUGAUGAGUUUUGAAGACAAGUGAAGGUACAGUGGGUGACAGCUGUGUCCUUGGACCCAGCAAAAGCUAAUGAAGAAAAUAAUUGGAAUUUAAAAUAUAAAUAUCUAAUAAAUACUGCUAAUGAAUAUUUCUGUUCUACAGCCAGCCAACAGUCUGGAUCAGAGAUGGUUGAGAGUGCUCCCGGGCACUAUUAACUGCAAAUACAUAUCAUUCACGCCCACUUCUGGACCUAAAGGUUGGAGCGCUCUUCAUCUCACUUGUCAUUGACCAGGGACGUUUCCAUGUCUGUUUGUUCCAGUGUUUAUGAGACCUCAGAAAUUAUCUAUUUCCCAUCAAAGCAGAGCCCCCUUUUUGUUUGCGUAUGCUACUGGUGAUGAACCCCAUAUCUUCAUGCAUCCCACCACUGUGCUAUAGCCCCCAGCAGGAAGCCCCAUCCUGAAGGGUUGACUAUGAAGCUGAUGCUUAGUGGUGGACUAUCUGAAUGGUAUCCCAUUCCAUUGUUGAAGGACUCGAGCCUCCUUUGGUUGAGUUUUAGUGAUGGGGUCUUUGGUUCUCCCUGAGGCUGGCCUCAGACUUACUGUGUAGCGCAAGCUGGCCCUGAACUCCUGCUGCAGCCUCCUGAGUCAUAGGACUGCAUGCCAAGCAUAUUAUUUAAUUCUUUGGAAAUGCUUAUUAUUAAAAAUUCUAUCUUUGACCAGUGGCAUGUGCUUUUAAUCCCAGCACUGAGGAGGCAGAAGCAGGUGGGUCUCUGUGUGUUUGAAACCUGCCUGGUCUACAAAGCAAGUUCCAGGAUGGCCAGGACUACACAGAGAAACCCCGUCUUAACCUUCUGCUCCCCGACCCCAAAUAAUUCUAUUAACCUGAGCUGAGGAGAUGGCUCAGUAGUAAAGUACACUUGCUGCUCUUAUAGAGGACCCAGGUUCAGUUCCCAGAACCCACAUGGUGACUCACAACUGCCUAUAACCCCAGUUCCAGGGAUUCAAUGCCUUCUUCUGCUCUUCUCAGGCAUGUGGUACACAGAAAUAUGCUCACAAAACAUACAUGCACAUAAAAAUCAAUAAAUAUUUUUUAAAAUGCUUGAUAUAUAUAAGCAUUUUUGUUUGUUUGUUUGUUUUUGUUUUCCAAGACAGGGUUUCUCUGUGUAGCCCUGGCUGUCCUGAAACUCACUCUGUAGUUCAGGCUGGCCUGGAACUCAGAAAUCCACCUGCCUCUGCCUCCCAAGUGCUAGGAUUAAAGGCGUGUGCCACCACUGUCUGGCAUAUAUAUAUAAACAUUUAUAUAAUAUGCAUGUUCUAUAAUAUACUCUAUAUUUGAAGUAUGUAUUAUAUGCCAUAAAAUAACCAGGUCUGAAAGAUAACCUCCCAUUUUUAUUUUUUAAUUGAAAACUUUUUUUUUCCUUUUGAGACAGAGUUUUACUCCAUAGCCUGGACUAGAACUUACUAUGUAGCCCAGGCUGGCUAGCUCUGUGGCUAGUAAGACCUUGUCUUAAAACCAAACAGGACGGAGAGAUGGCUUGGUUGAUAAAGUGCUUGUUGAUCAAUCAUGAGGAUGAAAGUUCAGGUCCCAGAACCCACACAGAAGCCAGACAUGGCAGCAUGUCUAUGAUCCUAGUUCUGAGAGGCAGAGACAGGUAAAUCCCAGGGGCUCACUUGAUAGCCACUCUAGCCAAAACUGAGUUCCAGUUUCAAUUACAGUCCCUGUCUCAAAAAAGGAUGAAGUGGAGAGUGAUAGAGGAAGGCGUUGGAUAUUGACGUGUGUAGGGGUGUAUGCCUGUGCAUAUGUACAUAUGUAUGCCUGUACACAUAUGAGCACGCAUGCAUUCACCACUCCCACUCACCCCACACAUAAAGGAAGCAAGUACCAAAAAGGAAGAUAGAACACUGAACUAUAUACUUUAAAAUAUCUCAUGUUGGGCUGGAGAGAUGGCUCAGUGGUUAAGAGCACUGACUCUUCUUCCAGAGGUCCUGAGUUCAAUUCCCAGAAACCACAUGGUGGCUCACAAACAACUGUAAUGGAAGCUGAUGCCUUCUUCCGGUGUGUCUGAAGAGAGCAAUGGUGUAUUCAUAAAAUAAAUACAAUCUUUUUUUGUU